AUGACUACCUAUGAGUUUAUUGUGGCGCAACGACAAAAGCCAUCGAAAAAGAACAAAGUGGGGGGUGGCAGAAAGAUUGAACCGUUGAACAUCGGACCGGAUGAGAACGCAAACGGAAGAAUCACCGAUGCCGAGGCAAAGCGUAUCUUCUCCAUCGGAUCAAUUCACAACAGUCUCUAUUCCACUUCGGUACAGCGAUCCUCGAUUGAAAAGAAUACGAUACAAUCGCCCCAAUUCAUCGAUGAGGCUUCCCUAUCGACCACGCAUUCGGUAUCACUGAUUCGACCAAUCUCUAGCACACGGAUUGACGUGUCUCGCUUGGUAACGGCCACAGCUCCGCUACCCACGGAUUCUCAGCUAAUCAAAUACCGACGAUCCUCACCACAAACUCCUGCCGCGGGUGAAGGGCACAAAUUAUCCCGGGCUGGUGCUGAGCUCAGCAAGGACCGAUACUCGCAACACGCUCGCAUCCAAAUGAGAAACGGUCUGAUCAGCUGCCCGGUGACAGACGUGAAAUGUGAUCCUGAACUGUUUCCACGGAAAUCCUCCGCGGACUAUUCAUACUCGGGUGAUGACUCGGAAAAUGUACCUAGAGGAGAACUGGAUUCAAACACACCCAAUGAAAAGUGGCCGAGCACACGGACCGGUGCUGCGAGAGCAACCACAAUUGACAUUGGACACGGAGAUGAAGCACACUUUGAUGAAUCUUUGAAGCAAAACCCGACCGAACCUGUUGCUGUGCGUGCUGCGGUGCGCGUCGUUAGUGACGAACGAACUUUGACUACGUCCGAAACUCAAUCUAGUCCGGAUGAUGGCGAAGGUGAAAAUUCCUACACAGGAAGUUUUGAAGCCAGUUCCCAGUCAAAUCUAACCCGAAACUUCCCGGCACCACCAGAAAUGCACACCAUACAUGAUUCCGAAUCGAAACAUCUUCGCUAG